GCUCUGGCAAACGGGACUUUGAGAGGCCGGAAGUCGCGCCGCUGUUGCUCGCAGUUUCAAAAAUGCUGCGGAGGCCUUAGGAGCUACUCCUGUCGCCCCUCCCCCAGCUCGGAGGGGAAGCGACUCGUGGCGCGACCGUAAGUUCGUUGACUGCAGAGUCUUCACUGCCAAAAUGACAUCACAUUCCACCUCUGCCCAGUGCUCAACAUCUGACAGUGCUUGCAGAAUAUCUUCAGAAAGAAUCAGUCAGGUACGACCAAAACUGCCACUUUUGAAGAUUUUGCAGGCAGCAGGUGCUCAAGGUGAAGUAUUCACUAUGAAAGAGGUAAUGCACUUUCUAGGCCAGUAUAUAAUGGUGAAGCAACUCUAUGAUCAACAGCAGCAACAUAUGGUAUAUUGUGGUGGAGAUCUUUUAGGAGAUCUGCUUGGACGUCAGAGCUUUUCUGUGAAAGAUCCAAGCCCGCUCUAUGAUAUGUUGAGAAAGAAUCUUGUCACAUCAGCCUCUGUUAACACAGAUGCUGCUCAGACUCUCGCUCUCGCACAGGAUCACAGUAUGGAUAUUCCAAGUCAAGACCGACUGAAGCACAGUGCAUCGGAAUGCUCCAAUUCCAGAAAAAGAACCGCAGAAGAUGAUACUCAUACACUGCCUACCUCACAAUGUAAAAGCAGAGAUUCUAAAGGUGAUGAAGAUUUAAUAGAACAUUUAACUCAAGAUGAGACAUCUAGGCUGGACCUUGACUUUGAGGAGUGGGAUAUUGCUGGUCUGCCAUGGUGGUUUUUAGGGAACUUGAGAAACAACUAUGUACCUAGAAGUAAUGGCUCGACGGAUUUACAGACAAAUCAGGAUAUGGGUACUGCCAUUGUUUCAGACACUACGGAUGAUUUGUGGUUUUUAAAUGAGUCAGUGUCAGAGCAAUUAGGUGUUGGAAUAAAAGUUGAAGCUGCUAAUUCUGAGCAGGCAAGUGAAGUAGAGAAAGCACUUGACAAAAAGGUGAUUGAUGUGGGAAAAGAUGAUGAUCUUGAGGACCCUAAGUCCUUGAGUGAUGAUACUGAUGUGGAACUUACCUCCGAGGAUGAGUGGCAGUGUACAGAGUGCAAGAAAUUUAAUUCUCCAAGCAAGAGGUAUUGUUUUCGUUGCUGGGCCUUAAGAAAGGAUUGGUAUUCGGAUUGUUCUAAAUUAACUCAUUCUCUCUCCACAUCUAAUAUCACUGCCAUACAUGAAAAGAAAGAGAAUGAAGGAAUCGAUGUCCCUGACUGCCGGAGAACCGUUUCAGCUCCAGUUGUCAGGCCUAAAGAUGUGUAUUUAAAGGAAGAGAAUACCAAGUUUAACCCUUGUAACUCAGUGGAGUUUUUGGAUUUGGCUCAUAGUUCUGAAAGCCAAGAGACCAUCUCAAGUGUGAGAGAACAAGCAGAUAUCCUUUCUGAACAGAAAACAGAUACAGAAAGUAUGGAAGAUUUUAAAAAUAUCUUGAAGCCGUGUAGUUUAUGUGAAAAAAGGCCUCGGGAUGGGAACAUUAUUCAUGGGAGAACGAGCCAUUUGACGACGUGUUUCCAGUGUGCCAGAAGACUAAAGAAGGCUGGGGCUUCAUGUCCUUCUUGUAAGAAAGAGAUUCAGUUGGUUAUUAAAGUUUUUAUAGCAUAGCUGAGUCAGAGAAAUAUUAGGAUCAGGUCAUUUCUCAAAAAACCAGUAUUCUUGGAGGCAGGAGCAGAAGAUCACCUAUUUUGAUGCCAGUCUGGGCCAUGUAGUGAGACUUUGUUUUUAAAAGAAUCAGCAUUGAGCAUCUUUCAUGAGUGUGAGCCAUUGUAUGUGUUUAUUUAUGGAAUUUUAGAAGAUCAGUUUGAGGGUUUCAUUAACGUUAGAUACUUAAAUCCCUUUGUUCUCCUUCCAAAUCUUAAAUCUGAGUGGGAAUAAUACCAAUACAAACAUAACAGUGCAUUCUUUUAUUCCCUGUUGAGAGUAAUGCAUUAGUUGGUUUAUACUCUACCCUGCUGUUAUGUAAUGUUCUCGGGCAUCAAAACCUAAGGUAGUUAUUAGAAAAAUACUAGGACCAACACUGAAGAAACAAAUCUGAUUAGUCACUGUGUAGCCAAGGAUGUCCUUCUACCUCUGACCAUCUGUGUGUCUCCCACCUGUGUGCUGUGCUUAUAGGCUGUCCCAUCAUGCCUAGCUGAAUCUCUCAGCUUUACAUAAAAUAACAGGAGUGCACAUGUCUGCACAGCCUUCUCAAGGAGAAGGUAUAGGCUUUGUAGCCAACACUUGGCAAUUGUCUCCUGGAAGCUGGUUAGGUGUUUUUGUACUUUGCCUCUAGAAUUAUGCACACUCCAAGGCAAUGGCCAGUGAUAGGGUUGAACAAGUGGAGAGAAGAGGGAGGGAAACAAAUUGAUCUUCAAUUCUGCGUAGUCAUUUUAGACCACAUCAAUUUAGUAUACAAACUGAAGACCUUAUUUGUGUCUUUAUACCUAUUUGUGUCUGCCGAACCCAUGGGAUAGAUCUUGGUGUUUCCCCAGGGAUAUGAAUACCUCAUUUUAAAGAUCAAGUCUGUAGAACUAUUGAACUUGGGGGACAUCUAGCUGUCCCAGCCUUUCCAGUGGCUCCUGCUCUUAGAAAUGGGGAGAUAUAUGGUAUCUAAUCCCAUGAUGUGCCUAUUGGACCAAGACCAUUGGGACUUCUAUAAUUACUACUAAAUGGAGGUAUGUUAGCAUGUGUUUUUGCGUUGACUCUGUUCCCUGUCUGCCCCACUGCCCUCCCACUAGACCUGACUCCACCAAGUGCCUAGUGGGUUAAUUGUCAUUGUUAAUUCUUUUUUCUUUCUUUCUUUCUUUUUUUUUCCUUCCAUUUUUUUCCGUAGUUACUCUUCAAUUGUGACAAAACACCAAGGCAUAAAAGCAUUUAAUUGGGGUUACCUUUUGAGAAGGUUAGAAUCCAUGAUGGCAGAAAACUGAUAGCUCACAUCUUGUUUCUGCAAGUAGGAGGCAGAGAAAGAACCUUGUGAAAUCCUAAAACUUGACCCCCACUGCCUCCAAGGCAGCACCUUGUAAUCCUUCCCAAACAGUUCCAACAACUGGAGGCCAAGUAUUCAAACAUGAACCUGAGGUAGCCAUUCUCAUGUAAACCUCCACAUUCUACCCCCUAUCCCCCAUAGGCUUUUGACCAUAUGGUAGUGCAAAAUGCAAACUUGGCUCCCAGCAUUAACCUCCUUGGUGCUCUUUCCUUCAUACUCUGUAUAUGAUAGUCUUUCUGCCUCACAUGCUCUUUUCUGUUACUAAUAACUAUGCUGCAGAGUCAGCAUUCAGCUCUUUGGAAGGCUCCUCUGUCAAAGAAAUUAGUCUGUUACUUUUCACUUAGGACAAGGGCAGAAGAAGACAGCCACAUACUUUGCCAAAACAUCCCAAGAAUAGUCUUUUCUCAGUUGCUAAUUAAGAGUUAGUUAAGUCUAGAUCUGAAGCUUCAUGAUCUAGACUUCCACAGAAGUCUAGGCUCUUGGCACUUCUGUCUUCCAAGCUUCAACCACUUUCUUAGUCCAAAGACCCAGUCUUCCACAUUCCUCCAACAAACCAUGUGGCCAGGUCUUUCAUAGCAGUGGCCCACUUCUGGUACCGACUGGUGUCUGGCUACUCUUCAGUGCUGUGACAAAACACUCCAGCCAAGGCAGCAUAGAGAAGAAAGCCUUUAUUGGGGCUAUGGUUUCACAGGAUUAGUUCAUGAUGGCACCAACAUUGGAGAGCAGGAGGUAGAGAGAGAACCCUGGGAGUGGCAUGGGCUUUUGAAACCUCAAAGCCUUCACUUGUGACACACCCCUACCAACAAGGCCACAUCUCCCAAUCCUCCUAAAUAGUUCCUCCAACUGUGGACCAAAUAUUCAUACAUGAACCUAUGGGGGCCAUUCUCAUUCAGACCACCAGUUUGCAAAGGAGUUCUUUCUUUCUUAGCUAUAUCUUGUCAUUGCCUCCAGUUAAUAAUUUCACUAGUUGCAGCAAAUAAAGUAGAAUUUGCCUUUCCUCAGUGGCCAAGCCUUUGCUAUUACCUUCUGCGAGUAUUAAAAGGCCUGUAGCUCCUGUUUGGCGUGAUGUGCAGCCUCUUUGAGAGACUGAUUACAGUCAUCUUUAUUCACAUCUCCAUGGUAGUGAGAACAACAAAGUAGUGUAGAAAUGAUCACAGAUGUCAUCAAUCAUAAUUCCUGCUUAAGAACAGGCUGUGAUGUAGCCAGUCCUCCUGAGUGGAACUGAGUCUUUUUUUUUUUUUUUACUUUAUUAAAACACUGAGUUUAUUUCACAUGUAUAUUUUUGUCUCCCUACUGUUUCCACAUCUGACCACCACUAUUACUAUGUUCUAUCAUAACAUUCCAUACAUACUUAAAACCAAGUAAAGGGUGGAGCUCCAUCCUUGAAAACUAAACAGGCAUUAUAGACAACGCAUUCUUGGCAAUGGGACCUGAACAACAUUUAUCAAACACAGUAGGGAAAUUUCUCAUUUUGCAUUAUAAAAAGGACAGCCAGAUAAUAUCAACUGUUUCAGAAAUUAAGUAAGAUAGCAUAUUUCAAAGUGUUUAAACCCUUUUCUUAAAGAGACUUCUUCUACUGCCAGAGAUCUUGAAUAACCUGGUCAAUCAUCUGGAAGCAAUUCUUCACAUAAUUAAUGAACUUGGCUUCCACUUUGGGAAGAGAGCCACCUUUUUCUAUACUUGCUUUCAUUUUUGCCUUAAUGUUUUCUACAGAACUAGGUCCUUUUGGUGUUUUAGGUUUUUUUUUUUUUUCCUGCUUUUUGAAGGAUUCUUGACCCUUUGAUCUUGGUGUUGAUGAUUUUAAGUCUUUUCCAUUUUGGUUUGAUUUUUGUGCAUUUUUGGCUGGGGUACCUCGUAUAGAUUUCUUCACUGGACCUUUUUCUUCAGCUUUCUCAUCAAAAUCAUCAUCUUCAUCAUCCUCAUCCUCAUCAGGUUUUACUUUCUUCUGUGGAACCUUGUUGCCACCUCCAGGAGCAGAUCCCUUUCCAGACACACUCAGCAGCUUUACAUCAUCCUCAUCUUCAUCUUCUGACUCUGCAUCUUCCUCUACAGCUACUAGGUGCUGUCCCUAAUGUGCACAGGCCCUGGACCACACGUCCAUCUUAAGACCACAGGCGGUGUUAGGAACUGAGUCUUUUUCAGUUCCAAGAACUAUAUUCAAUAUAUAAUGUAUUUUAAGUCAUCCUAAUGCUCCUCAUCUUUUGGGGACAGGAUCUUGCUGUUUAGCUAUGACUGGCCUAGGCCUCACCCUGUAUCUCAGACUGGCCUCAACCUUGCAGUGAUCUUCCUGCUUUUGCCUCUCGAGUGCUGAGUUUAUAUGUCCUGGUUAAAUUUCUUACUUUGGUUGUCAUUUAAGUUAGUAUUGUGAUCAUACUAUCUUUGACAGAAAAUGCAGAGCAGAGCUGACAGGUGAUUGGAAAAGGCUCCUCACUGUUACCUUACAUACGGUGUUAGUAUGCUUACGUAUUUACUACUGUGUCAGACUAGAAGUUCAGGCCAAGCCUUUACACUGGUGUCACUGCCUCCCUGGCCCAUCUAUGUUAGAUUUCCCAGUGAGGGCUGGAACUGGUGGACCAGAAUAGCCCGGCCAGCCUUCUGACUGCCACAGAGUUGUGUAAUAACACGUUUUACUGCCAAGCAUUUGUGAUUGUGUGAUAAUAUGUUCAUUAUUUGUGUAUAUUUAGAUGUAUAUGAUACCUUGCAUGGUUUGAAAGAAUUUAUUCUAAAAGCCAGGAUCUCGUGUGUCAGUUCAAUGUAAUGGUUCCCUUGCCAGGAUCACGUGUGUCACCUCAAUGUAAUGGUUCCCUUGAAAAGUCUUGAUUGAAGAAUUGGUGAAUGUUUCCAGAUCCUUAAUGUUACCUGGUUGGUUCUUUUUAGAAAGGAAGAACCUUCCAGACUAGCUAUUUGUCAGUGUUUUUGUUUUGUUCUGUUCCCAUGAUGUUCUGUGAACUCCGAAAGUACGUGGCUUUAGAUACUGUGACUGUUAUUUUUCCUUUUAGCCUAAAUUGUUGCUUCAGCCUAAAGAAGACUAUUUCUUGAUGCCUCCAACCAACCUUUCAUGUAUGUUCACACUAUCUAGAUUGAUGCUACCUUUGCUUAAAAGUUUUAGAUAAAGAAUUAGCUGUUUAGACUCUUCACUUCAAAGAUAAACCCGGAAGCUGUCCUCUGUGCCAAAAGUAAAGUGUGCAAUGUUUACAGAUGGGUGGAAUUUUGCACUGCCAUAGGGAAUGGUGAAGUUAUAUCACCAGAUUCCUUAGAUUUAUGAGUAGAUAGUUGCCGUUUAUGCUUAUGAGAGGAGCUGUUGAGCCUUCUGAGUCUAACCUGGAAAUGAGUAUCUGAGACCGGUGGUUAAAGUGACUCACUCCCUAGACCUAGCUUGGGAGCAGUUUCCAGUUUGUUUGGAGAUAUUCUUUCUAUUGACAGCUCUUUGUUGUCUGCAGUUACUAUGUGCUUCCUUUAGAGGAGCUGCCAGCCCUUCCCUCCUGGGGGAGAAUGUUGUGUAGGCUGUUUGAGAUCUUUUGAUGUAAUACAUGUGCAAUCCCAAAUAAUGCCAUUAUUGGUGAAUGUGGCAUUAGUAAAGAAACCCUUACUAUAAAUUAUUUCUGAUCUCCCCUCAAGAGCCCCCCUCCUUUUUUUUUUUUUUUUUUUUUCUUUUGGGAAGAGACAGGGUCUCCAUGUAUAGCUCUUGGUUGACCUAGAACUUGCUUUGUAGACCAGGGUGUCCUCAAACUCACAGAGAUCUGCCUGUUUCUGCCUUCUGAGUGCUGGGCCUAAAGGCAUCUGCCACCACACCCAUCCUUAGUAGCCUUUUGAAUGGCUAAUAUUACAGAAACUGAUCUCAUCCAUGGUGCUGCUUUCCCUGCUUAUUUGCGUUUGCAUAGGAGCCUCUGGUUCCUUCUAGCAGUACAGCACAGCCAGUAGCACUCCCCAUUUCUUAAGGUGGAGGAGUCAGAGAUAAGCUAUAAGGGCAAGUAGUGCUACCAGGGCAGUUCCUUCAGUGGUUUUAGAGUUUGGCAAAUGCUUUACUGAAGAUCAGCAUUGUGUUGAGACACCCGAGGGCCAAUCAGAGCAUUUUGUUACCCAAAGGUAUUUUUUAUUUUAAACAGCAAAUACUUGGGUGUUUGUUUGUAGGCAUUUCCCCUCCCUCCCUCCCCCUCUCCUUUAUUGUUGCUUUUAUGCUUUCCUGGUUCGAAGUUAACUGGGUUUGGACCUUGCUUCUAUGCCAGAGGCCAUUUUUCUCUCUGGGUGAUUCGAGCUGCUUUGUACUUAUGUACGGUCCUUCUUCGGCCAGUCCUGAGCAAUGUUGUGUUUGUGUUUGCAGAGGACCAUGAGCUCAAGUAGGGAAGAGGGAAGCUGAGGUCAGCUGGAUGGCUUCUUUUGUGUGUGUGUGAUGGGUUGGUGAUUAGUUCACAGCUGAACUAAUUUGAGCACUGAGGAAUUUGAGGUCAGUCUGCCAACCCUUUGCAUGCCCAUUUGUUUUCUCCAUCUUUCACUCCCUUUCAGUAAGGACGCCAUGCCACCCCUCCAACACAGUAAUAGGAAAUGCAAUGUACUUGGCAUAGUAGAAGUUUCAGUCAGUGUCUGAACAAGGUAGCUUGCUAUGAAUUGUUUCCUCUUGGAUAAAGAAAGAUUACCCCAGCAGCUUGUAGCCUUGUCUGGAAGUUGUAAGCUGCAGUUUUUCUCACUUGUAACACCAACAUACACACCACCCCUUUCUACCUCAGAUUGUUGUGGAGACUAUUGGGGAGCAACUCUUAAAAACUUACUGCCUUGAAGAAGGUGUAAGAAGCUAAUAGUCUUAGUCGACUGUCCUCUGAGGCUUGUAUUAAGAAGGCCUUGAGUUCUGGAAGCAGUUCUCCUUGCUGCUUGUUUACCAGAGCCUGUGUUGCUUACUGUAAGUCCUCUGCCCACAUGCUCUCUUUAUCCUCCAGACGCUCUGAGAAGUGCAUGUAAAUAUGGAUAGCACAUCCUUUUGUCAUGGAACGUCCUUGCUGAGGCCUUGCUGCGUAGGAAUUCUUUCUAUGUGCACUUGAGGAGGUGGCAUAAGAUGCUCUGCUGGUGUGCAGAAACAGGCAGUUCCUGACAUCCUGGUCGGGGAGUCGCCAGUGCAGUAGUAGCAAAUGAGGGGUAAUAGACUGAGAAGAAUGGCAGCUUACUAACGAGGCCAGAGGGAAAUGUUUCUGUGUGUCUUUGUGUAAUUUCCUGCAGUGCCACUGAGUUAAUAGCCCUGUACCUGGGUGUUUGCACUAUGUAAUGCUUCCACGGUCUUUUUAUUGUGUUUUUGUGUGAUUAAACAGUUUUCAUUUCA